AUGCAUCCAACUCCUCCUGCUAAACUUCCAUCUUGUAAUCCAACCCGCUCCUUCUGGAUCGAUUCCUCCCCGGACGCAAAUCCACUCGCUGACGAAGGCAGCCAGGAUCCUCUGCCAAGCGAGGCAGACGUGUGCAUCAUUGGGGCUGGUAUCACCGGCGUUGGCGUCGCGUACCACCUUAUCGAACUUUUGAAUGAUGGCUCAUUUUCUGUCACACACCCGUUCAGUAUCGUGAUACUCGAAGCGAGAGAUUUCUGUCAAAUGUUGUUUAUAGGAAGGAAUGGUGGACAUCUUACGCCAACCGCUUUCCCCAAGUUUGCUCAACGUCAGGCAUUAUUUAAUACGCUCGAGGCGAUCAAGUCCUAUGAACUUGAACAAUACACCGUUUCUCUGCUCGUCAAAAUCAUAGAGGAGAACGGCUGGGCGACCGACAUCGACCUCGUAGAAGGUGGACACAUAAAUAUCUUGUUCACGGAGAAGGAAGCAAAAAAUAAGUGCAAGGACUUCGAUAUGGCACGUCAAGCGCAGCUCAAUCUAGAUGGCGUGGAAUGGCUCUCGAAGGAAGAAGUUGAGGAGGAAUAUGGCGCUCCUUACUCAGGAUUCCGCGAGCCAGAGUAUAAUGUCUGGCCGCUGAAACUUGUCACGAAGCUGUACCAGUAUGCUCGAGCACACACUGGGAAAUACGCCUCCCUCAGCUUGCACACUCGGACGCCGGUGACUGCAGUCACGCAUGGAACGGCUUCCACUUACACAGUCGUGACGAACCGGGGUAGCAUAUCGUGCUCCCGCGUCGUCCACGCCACGAAUGCGUACGCCUCUUAUCUCCUUCCCUUCCUCGCAGGUCCAGAUGGAAUUAUACCCACUCGGGGACAAGUAAUGGCCACCCGUGCUUCUGUUGGUAUAGAUCAAAUUAGGAUACCGAGCUGGAGCGGAAAAGAAGGGUUUGUAUACUGGUUCCCCCGACCUGUAACACAAGACACCGAAAAGCCGUUGAUCAUCAUCGGUGGUAGCCGGGAUGCUACGGCACCCAGUUACGAGUUAUAUGUAGAUGAUGACUCCGAAACGCACCCUCUUGUUGGGAAAGCGCUUCGCGAGUUCUUGCCGCCUGUAUUCGAAGGUAAAUAUGACCCCGAUUCAGAGCCUGAGAUGGAAUGGACUGGUAUCAUGGGCUACACGAAGAUGGGGGACCCGUUUGUUGGUCCCGUAGCAGACUUACUUGUGGCUAAUCCAGACAGAGAUCUGUACAAGAAACAGUACAUCGCCGCAGGAUAUGCUAGUCAUGGAAUGACGCGUGCAUUUGGAUGUGCCGAUGUCAUCGCGCAAAUGAUUCUUGCUGAGAUUUCUAAUAAAGAGUGGAAGGAGCCUGAUUGGCUUCCACAGCGUUAUCUGACAUGGAAUAGACGAGUCGAGUAAGAUCUCACAGCACAACGUUGGGAAUGUGGAAAGACUAGAUAUCAUAUGCUUGUGGUCAUUUAAUCAUAUCGAGAUACCCGGUAACCAGGUCAUGUCAUAUCUUCCUGGUUUUCCAUGGUUUGCAUCGACAACUUUGAUCUCAACGUAUGACAUCUUUCAACAGCAUUUUCGCUCGAUUUCCGUGGCUCAUCAUUUGGUUGAGCCAGUGUUGCCACAGGGGUUGCGUUUACCUCUGUCCCGGCCAAUAGGGAUGAAAUAAACCACCUUCCUGUUGGUCACAGGCGGUCCCCAAUACACGAGGUCAUUGGAAAGCAUGACCGAUAUUUGCGCCCUUCCGCCGUCAGUUGAUGACUGCUCAUUUGAUGACGGGCUCGCAUUGUCAAUCUGAUAGCGUUCAGGGGUUAGAUUUAUGGGGACCAGAUAGUAAGUUUAGAUUAUAGCAACCAACGCAUACUCAACGUCUCCAUCUAACCACGUACU